AUGACAAUACAUGAUGGAGUAUUAAUCACCGGUGCCAAUGGGUAUAUUGCUGAAUAUAUUAUCGAUCAUCUUUUACAAGAAAAUUAUGUCGUAAUUGGAACUGUUCGAAAUAAAAGUAAAGCUGAUAAGAUAAUGAAACUAUUUAACUAUUCUCCAGAUUUGAAAAUCGUAGUUAUUCCUGAUUUAACUAUCCCUCAUGUAUUUAGAGAUAUUUUUAUACAAUAUCAAAAUCAAAUCGAGUAUGUCAUUCAUACGGCUGGUCCAUUAGGAUUUGAUUAUACGAAUAUUUAUGAAGAAGUAAUUAGGCCUUCUGUAGAAGGAACAUUAAACUUGAUGAGAGAUAUCUCUAGAUAUGGUGGAGAAUCAAUUAAAAAAUUCAUCUUAACAUCAUCGUCUAGUGCUAUUGAACAUCCAGAUGGGUAUGUUAAUAAUAAAUCUAUUCAUACUGAAGAGACAUGGCCAUCUAUCACUCAAAGUGAAGGUUGUAAAAACGCAGUAAAUGGAUAUUAUGCCAGUAAAACUUUUGCUGAAAAGGAAGCUUGGAACUUUUAUAAACAAGGUAAUCUAAAAAAUUGUAAAAUGUGUUCUAUUAACCCGGAUUAUGUAAUGGGACCUAGAUUAUUUGAUGAAGAAGUUGUUGAUGUUAAUUCUUUGAACUAUUCAUUACAAGUUAUUAAUGAAUUUAUGGAUGUUGGUCUGGAUUAUAAGAUUGAUGAUAGACCUAUGGGUAGGUGUAUUGAUGUUAGAGAUGUCACGAGGGCACAUAUUAUGGCAAUGGAAAAUGAUAGCUUUAUCGAUAAAAGAAUUGUACUGUCAAAUGAAAUCUUUAGUGAACCUUUGAUUUUACAAUACUUGUACGAUGAAAUUCCUGAAUUACAUGGUAAAAUUCCAAACCCAUCCAAAACUAUCAUUCAAAAAUCUCCCAAGAGCGAUGAAAAUAGAGUAGUAGAUGUAGAUUAUUCCAAAAGUGCAAAACUUUUGAACUUCCAAUAUAUCCCAUUACGCCAAUCAGUUGCUGAUACUGGUAAACAACUCUUGAAAUUAUAUAAGUAA